CCCCUUCUCCUCCUCCUACUCCCUCCUCCUGCUGUCCACCACCUCGACCAACCCUACCCUCCAGCGCUCUCCCCCCCUCUUCGUUCCCUCCCCACCCUAAUAACCUUGCGAGAAGUCACGAUGAAGACCGCCAAGCCGCCCCAGGUGGACGCUGGUCCUUCGUCGAGUCGGAGAGCUCAGCCCGUUCGCCAGACUCGGGCGAAUCCCCCGCGAGCGUCGUCUGGCCCGGGCCGCAUCCUCAGCGCCAGAGAUUCUCUGGGAGCCAGUCACGGCCACGACCAGCCCAUCGACGUUUUCCCCGCGGUCACAUACUUCACCGAUGCGAUCACCUCACUCCCCAAAGAUCUCGUCCGGCAUUUCACCCUCCUCAAGGAAGUUGAUGCAAAGAUCUUCGCACCUGAAGAGACUCUCUUCCAGCUCGUUAAUGCCGUCCUCAAGUCGAGACCUCCCGAGCCCAGGAACGCCAACGAUGCCUCGAGCAGCGUCGCUGCCGCCUCGACGCCGAUGAGCACCCAGAACAGCCCAAGUGGCUUUCCUACGAACGGAAACCCGCCCGGGUCGACCGAUGACAAUUACAAUUCCCCUGCCUUUGACCCCAGCAACCUUCCGCGACGGCAGCUGUUUCGACAAACCGCCUUCAAAGUCCAAGAGAUGCUUGUGUCGUUAGAAGAGAAGAACCAUGUCAUAUCGACCGCGAAUGAAGCACUUUCUAAACAACUUGCCCGUAUCAACGACGUGUGGCCACACCUCGAAGCCGAGUUUAGCGACGAAGCCAAAUGGGGCAGCAAUACCCACUGGGCAUAUCCCGAGAAUAGGCUCAACAGAGCGAACCAAACGGAGCGAUCGCGCCGAGACGGUGCGGCUACCAUCACGGCCGCCGCCCAGCAGCUCGCGGACGAGGCUGCGGCGCGAAGCGACGCGAGAAAGCAAGCCAUCAUCGCCAAGAAAGGGCUCAAAAACCAACAUCAGGACUCGGAUGUGGAUGACCACGAGGGCAAGCAUAAGGGCGAGUCAAUGAAGAAGGCACCCAACAAUGGCCACAGCAAUAGCAAGGCCCGCAGAACCGCCGAGAACACUAUUCCCGUUGGGCUAGGCAUCACCGCAGGUGCUGUCACCAACAGUAGCGCCGCUACUACUACACUAAUCACCACCCCAGGUACCGCUGCUAGCACCCUUACCACCAACAAUAACAGCACCCACAAUACCAUCGUCACCUCUACCCCGACCGCUACCCCCACCACCAACGGGAAUCCCCCUUCAAAACGACGCAAAGUCGAGGCCAACAAACCGGUCAACGGUGGGCAGCCCAUGGAGCGUGCGAUAAGUUCCGUCUUUGGCAGCAAUGCUUCCAAGACCAACAAGAACUCUAGUCCGAGGGCAACGCCUGCGCCCGAACUUCCCAAGAAGCGCAAAGCCCUCCCGACCGUUAACGGCGCCUCGAAAAAGAGCAAAACGACCGUCACUGCCGCCGCCGCCGCCGCCGCCGCCACGUUUUCGCCUCCGAUCGCAGCCUCCCCGACCCAACCCAUUUUCGGCGACCAAAAAGCCGUUGGUCGCGGAUCCCCAGCGCCUUCCACGACUUCCGUGCGCCCUACAUCGUCCCGGGCGAGACAGAAUUCCAUACAAUCCAACGUGGAUACAGGUCGGCAGCGGCCUACCUCGUCUGCGUCGAACCGACCAAAUGGUACCGCACCCGCGACUCAAGAGCUUUCGACAACGCACAACGGGAUCCGCCCACCGCCUGAAACUAAGACAAGCAAGGAAACCGUUCCAUUAGUCAAAGUCGAAGCCUCGAAGGAAGAGGCGGUACACACUAUCGCGAGCGCCAGCAUCACGGCCGGAAAUAACAAGAAAGAGACGGUUGCGAAAGGGGAUGAUGUGGAACCCAAGGUGGAUUCCGUACCGGUACAGCCGACAACGACGACGACUGUCGUUACGACAAAGAGCGGACGAGCUAGUAAGCCGUCAACACCAGCACUAGGGUCAUUCCCAGACCCGCCGGCCCGAUCCCGGUCGUCACGAACGACGACGACGACGACUACGAACGCGAAGCGGAGCCACAAAAAGGGGGCCGCGCAGCAGGUUGCCGCGCGAGUCGCUGACGAAGAUGCGAACAGUAGCGUGCAGGGCGACGACGAGGGCGACGCCGACGCCGACGAGCCUCUCUACUGCUACUGCAACGGCGUGAGCUACGGCGAGAUGGUUGCGUGCGAUGCCGAGGACUGCGAGCGGGAAUGGUUCCAUCUCGACUGCGUUGGUUUGAAGGCAGCCCCGCCGUCGAACAUGAAAUGGUAUUGCGAUAACUGCAAGGACCGGAUUAGAACCGGCAAGAGGGUUAACGGCAGGUGAUCUGCUCCGCUUCGUUUCCCCCAUUCUCCUAUCUGCCGCCCUAAAGGGGCACCUUGAGCGCGCCUACCCUAGAACUCGUGGAAUUCGCGGGAUUUGCGUGGCUUUCACGAUGUCUAGUGAGUUAUUGUUACGAUAGCGACCGU